CACUGCGCAUGAGCAAUGCUUCCCGUUGCCGCUGCUGAACUGCGCUGUUAGCUCAGAAGGCCACGCGUUCCCAUGUUCACCCUCAAAAAGAUUGCGACUGUACUAGAACACUGUAGCAGAGCGUCUGCAAGCGCCCGCUGUCGCUUCGUCUGCAACGAAGCGACAGCGGGCGCUUGCUCACGAAAGGCAGCGGCGCCGGAGGGCAGACUCGGCUGUGCGACAACGUGAGGCACAAGCAAAGCGUCAAAGAAGAGAGGAAAAUCCCCAGCUCCGUCAGGCAGCCGUCGAGGCUCAACGGCAACGAAUCCUGCGGUUAAAGUUAAGGAGGCACAAGCGAAAUGGCAGAAAAGGCAAGCGAAUCCUGCAGUUAAAGUUAAGGAAGCUCAAGCUGAACGCAAGCGGAGGCAAGCGAAUCCCCAAGUUCGCAACACGCAAGGGAAACGUCAGAAGAGAGCAGCAAAUCCCCAGGUUCGAAUACGCGAUGCGGAGCUGAGACGACGGCAGCUACCCGAAACCGGCGGAGCGGACGCCCGAUUCAAGCGAGACUUCUUAGAUCGAUCGUUUGGCCAUAGUUGUAAGGUGUGUGAUAGGCUGUGGUUCGAUGACGCGUUGGUGAAGAUCGGCAACACUCGGAACCCCGAAUCAAGAGCGAAUGCCCUCGGAGUACGGAAGCGAGAAUUCCCGGCAACAUCGAGCACGAAUUUCAGUGAGUACCAAGUUUUCUCAACUUGUAAAGAUUCGCUAAUAGCCGGGCGAGUGUCACAUGUGGCUACACUUACGUGCCGCAUUCGCCCGGCCUGCCUCGGCUAAACCCAGUGGAGAAAAGAUUGAUUGCACCUCGCUUACCUGUCGUGGGCGAUUAACGCAUGGCAGUAGCCAAUAUGGAAUCAAAGGACAACUGGUUCAUGUCCCGAUCGAUGUGCAAAAGACGGUGCAGUGGCUACCGCGAAACAUUGCCGACGAUGUUGCGAUUGGCGUGCACAUCAAGCGUAAACUGCUUAGUAAACGGUCGUACAAAUCAGGACUCGUGAAGAAACAGACCAUCCACGCAUACUUGAAACAAUGGGAAAAUUGUAUGCUAUAUCGCUACCUAAAGGUCAAGAUUGAUUGGAGCCGCUUAAGCCAACUGGAGGACAACGAAUGCUGUAACAACAAGGAAAUCGAGCCAGCGCCAGUAAUCAAAUUUGGAAGAUUCGGUGCAAAUGGCCACUGCUGUAAACACGAUGAGUCAUACCAUGAUUUACGACGAUGGUGCAAUCGCAGUUGGACUCGCUCCUACGAACGCAGAAGCAUUUGCAGAAGGCAAGGCCAAGGGCAACAGUGCCAACAUUGAAGGAUUACGGGAAGGCACGCACUGCCUCUAUAUAGCGCCAGGUGAGGGUGAAACCCCAAUAUCGCUACUCCUUGACCAAUACGCUCUGGAAUCAUCAUUACCAUGCAUUUACUACAGAGAACCCAUUACAGUGACAGGCCCCCAUCCGACCCCAUUCGUGAGAGCAAGUAGCGAAAUUCGUAGAACCGAUCACCGCGGAGUUCACCCGGAACACGUCUUGGUAAAUGCCAAUGAAGGUAAUGCGACAUAAUGUGGUAGAAAGCAUGCCAUUCCAUACAAAUCGGAUGGCGAAUACCAUUACCUGCGGGCAAUUAGAAAGCGGAGAAUUUCUCGAGGAAGCUCUAAACAGGCACUUGGCAUUCAUGCGGGAUAUCCUGAACACGAUGCAAUACUGGCAAGAUCGAACGAAGGAACUAUUCACCAGGAUCCGCCUGCUGGGUCGGCCCAAUGGGUGGCAUACUCCCGAAGGGCCGACCUUAUGGAAAAGGCAGCCAGCAUAUUGUACAAGUCAUACAGGAUAUGCAGCCACCAUUUUGCUGCACAAGAUUUCAUGGACCCAGGGCACACACGGCUCACUAAAACAGCCGUAUCGACAGUUUGCUCAGAUUCUGUUGAGGUGCCACCUGUCAGAGAUUUCGUAGUUACAUCAGCUCAACGCACCAUUCCAGAGGACCACCUGGAAGAGGCUAUAUUCAUCAGCUCCAUGACUGAAGACCCUGCUGCGCAAGGCCUCAGAAUGGGGAUGAGCCAAGGUGAAUGCAUCCCUGUUGCCAAAGUGGCAUGCCAUGCCCCUCUCAAGGUUGGCCAGGCCACAGUUGCCGUGCAGUGCAGCUUGCCUGUGGCCGACAAGUCUGUCGGGUGCUCCUUCGAAGCAGGAAGCAAGUCGAAGAGCGUGCAGACUGUAGAUCGGUCAAGCUUCACCUCAGUGUCGAGGCCUUCGGUUUCUUCAUCAACGGCCAAGGGUGACAACUUACGACAGGGACGCCGCCACCGCUGUCACUUCUGUGACUAUGAGACCAACAGGCUGUGUCAUCUGGAAGCACACGUCAGGAUCCAUACUGGAGAGCGUCCAUUUAAGUGCCAUUUGUGCCCUCAGAACUUCUCGCAAAAGCCAUCCCUGACACUGCACCUGCGCAUCCACUCGGGCGAGAAGCCAUUUCAGUGUCCUUCGUGCCCUCAGACCUUUUCACGAAAUUCUAGCAUGAAGAUUCACCUUCAAACCCACACAGCAUCAAGGCCUUCUGUUUCUCCAUCAACGGCCAAGGGUGACAACUUACGACAGGGACGCCGCCACCGCUGUCACUUCUGUGACUAUGAGACCAACAGGCUGUGUCAUCUGGAAACACACAUCAGGAUUCAUACUGGCGAGCGUCCAUUUAAGUGCCAUUUGUGCCCUCAGAGCUUCUCACAAAAGCCGUCCCUGACAAUGCACCUGCGCAUCCACACAGGCGAGAAGCCAUUUCACUGUCCUUCAUGCCCUCGGAGCUUCUCCCAUAAGUCCAGCAUGAAGAUUCAUCUUCUCACCCACACAAGUGAGAAGCCAUUUCGGUGCCCUAAAUGCCCUCGCACCUUCUCACGUAAGUGCAACAUGAGGCAACAUGAGUGCAACAUGCACAGGUCACACUUUGCUUUGCGGUGAAAUAAAAAUAGGUAUCAUGAAAUUCAAUUGGCAGUUCCUUGAAAUUACAACCUUUUUUUGGGGGGGCAUUCGACAUAAUUUCCAGUUGUAUGCAAGAAAGCGGCUGGUACUGCAAAUAAAGUUUACGUUUAUCAAUCUGUGUGGCUUAGAAAAUUACAGCUUUUCAUAUUGGGGGCGAGGACAUGUCGUGGCGCCGCCACGCGGAGUCAUCCAUGUGACGUGUUAAGUUGGAUUGCUCCAUCAGCCCUCUCCUGCUCUGCCGGCAGUCGCUUUUGCAUCGUCUUUUAUUAUUAUUAUUACUAUUAUUGUAUUUCACUUCGACAAAAUCAGUGAAAUACUGCUAUGGCUUCGUCACUGACAGUAUGUUAUGUUAAAUAACUGUUCCGAAAAAAUUAACUUCCUUUUAAAGCCUUAGACCGAUUGGCGGCGGCGUCUGCUAUGGCCACCAAUAUGGAAACCACAGAGGCUGAGUCCGUUGCUUUUGUAAAAGAGACUAUUGUGUUGAAUUCAAACUAAAUAUCAAAUGGGCUUUAGGGUGUGCUUGUGGUAAAGAAGCAUAUUUUUGUUGCAAGAAAGGCAUACAACAUGUUCACUGUGUAAUUUCAUUCAUUGUAGGUUUGCAUCUACAAACGGGCCACGGUUGACACAACAAAUAAAUGGCAUUCACAAAUUUAUAUUCCUGUUUAGCACCCGUACCCCCGUGGAGCACUACUCAAGUGAUUUCUCUGUUUUGUGGGAAGCAACCCAACAUGCUUUGAGGUGCAUACAGCGCGACCUUUUUCACAUGAUUUGAGGCAUACACACGAGAGCCAUAUGCACGUGCGCGCGUCAUUCAUAGAGUUAUGCUUUGUUAUUUUUCUCAGAGGGGUUCCCUUUGUGACAUUGUAACUAGAUAAAAUUUUACAUUUUUGCCAAUAUGAUGACGAGCACACCUCUGCAGCACAAUUUUAAUAUUUAUUUGUUGUUUCUUAUUGCAUGAAUCUUAUGCGGUUGCGACAUGGUGCAUUAUCGAUUGCGAUUGAGCCAAAUCGGCAUUGAAUUUUUCGACGAUUGACUCCCACCUGCAGCUUUCACAAAGGGGCCAAUCGCGAUCAAAAAAGUCGGUCCCGAUAGGGCUCGUUCACGAUUGAAAAUGCACCAUAUGACACCACGACUCUGGGCAUAAGGCAGCGCUCUUUUCCACCUUGCCGUGAAAAAAAACAAAUGUUAUGCUGGCGGUUUGCGGCCAACAAACAGUGCCCAGCGAGUGAAACGCAAUACUAGAAGGGCUUGGUUGCCAGCACUUCUUGCAUUAUCGGUGGGCACUGGGGACACCGAGAUGAUGUAUUUCUGUAUCGCAUGAAAACGAGUCUUUGUGAUGCACGUUUGGCCCAUCGUCAAUCACAUAGUGCUCACCAGUGGCGUAAAAAGCACUGGCCCCCAUGUGGUGCAAGUAUUGUGUAUCACUUGCUGAACACUGUACAUGAGCGAUCGUCUAACGCCGUCUGCUACUCACCGAACAUUUGUGCUCCGAGUCCGUACACAAAGUCUUCCUCAUAGAAUUGCUUGCUGCAAACACGUGUGUAUGAGUUCGCUCUCUUACCCAUUCGAAGAUAUAUCAGCUGUGCAUCGCGCAGUUUCUUUUCUUUGGGGUAAAAAUGAAAGCUCACACCCUGUAGUAGCGCACUGAGGCACGGAGCAGUAAAGUACCAUGCCGCCGAUAACUUUGAGCGCACUUUCCCAGCUUGUGUAUAGUCUCUAGAUGUCCGUGCACUUGAAGUGAGUGCAAAACAAUGCUGUUACAAGAGAAAAACACUAGGAAAUCGUGGUUAGAAAACACCUCCAACCAUCCACUUCCCUUCGUCGGAGCAAGGUGGGAGUGAUCCAACUUUGCAUGUCAAAACGAUUGCAGCACCCGCCUCUCCAGUGGUGGGCCUCGCACCCAAUAUGCACUGCUUCUUGGACAUUGCACUGUCUAUAAAACUUUCCCUGCCGAACAUUGUAGCACUUAGCGACUUAUUGUGAUUUACCAACUAGUUGCAAAGCUCCUGAGGACAAGAAAUUCCCCUUUCUGAGAGUGUACAAUUGCCAUAAGACAGGCGGAAUAAUGAAGACAUAUAUCUAUAGCGACUGAAUUUUAAUAAACACAGGCUGUAAAUGCAAAAUGAAUUCUUUGGAACAUGGAAUCGUUAAGCUACCACAUCCAAGGCACCCCAAACAGAAAUCUUCAGUAAUAGAAGAAAAAGAUGCACAAGAAGUCUUUUGGUUAAGUGUGAUGGUGCUUGGGCUGUGUUUAUGCCACAAGCUUAUCAUUCAAGACAAUGGUGUUUUCUGAACACUGAACAAAACUCAAUUUUGCUCAAUGGAUACUGACUGAUGUACACAUAGGCGAUAGUGAUGCAACACAUAAUGUAUACUCCAGCUUGUUCAGCCACCUUAGAGGAUACGUCAGCUAUAGAGACAACAGUCAGGAUACUGUAAAAUUAUCAUCAUCAUCAUCAGCCUAUCUUUAUGUCUACUGUUGGACGAAGGCCUCUCCCAGCGAUCUCCAAUUAUCCUUGUUGUGCGCAAGCUAACUCUACAAAUUUCCUAAAUUCAUCAGCCCAACUAAUUUUAUGCCAUCCUCGACUGCGCUUUCCUUCCAUUGGCACUGAUUCUGCAACUCUAAUGCAGCACUGGUUAUCUGGCCUACGUAUUAUACUUGGCCUACCCGGGCUCAUUUGUUCCUCUCAAUAUCAACUAGAACAUCAGUUACGCCUGUUUGAUUUCUGAUCCACAUCACUCUCCACCGGUCUCUUAAUGCUAUACCUAACAUUUUUCGUUCCAUCGCUUGUUGUGUGGUCUUAAUUUGUUCUGAAGCUUCUUUGUUAACCUCCAAGUUUCUGCCCCAUAUGUUAGUACCAGUAGAAUGCAAGGAUUGUACUCUUUUUUUUUUUGAGGAUAGCGAUAAGCUGGACCUCCUGGUCAUGAUUACUGAAUCUUGGUCACAUUACCUAGUCACAUUACCGAAUCGUGGCCAGGAGGUCACGAUUCGGUAAUGCCUUCCAUAUGCAUUCCAAGCCAUUUUCAUUCUUUAAUUUUCCUUCUCAUGAUCAGGGUGCCCAGGGACUAAUUGCUCGAGAUAAAUGUAGUUCUGCACUGAUUGUACAGGCCGACUGCCAAUCAUGAAUUCUUGGUCUCUUUCCAGGUUAUUGAACAUUACCUUUGUGUUCUGCAUAUUAAUUUCCAAAGCCACCCUUGCACAUUCUUUGUUAAGGUCAUCAAUCAUUUUUGCAAUUCUUCCUCAUUAUUGCUGAACAAGACAAUGUCACCUGCAAACCGAAGGUUGUUCAAUACUUGCCAUUGAUCCUCACCCUUAAUCCUUCCCAGUCUAUUAAUUCGAAUAUGUCUAAGCAUGCAGUGAAUGCGUUGGAGAGAUACUGUCUCCUUGCCUGACCCCUUUCUUGAUAGGUAUUUUUCCACUUUUCUUGUGGAGAAUUAAGGUAGCUUUGGUGUCCUUGUAGAUAUUUGCGAAGGCAUGCACAUUAAAUUAUCAGGGUCAGGAAUCCCAUCAGGCUGCUAUUUCAACAGCUUCUAAGUCCUAUCCUUGCGUCUUUUUCACUGUUUCAUUUAGAUCAUUGUAUUUUAACAUAUCAUUGUGUGAAAAAGAAUGCUCAAUAAACUGAAAC